GUUACUAACUAAUAACGCAACUACUUCCUCCUUCUUAUCCUUGAUAACAUCAAAUCAUAAUAAACCUCCAUUUAUUUCCCCCUUCUCCCAACCUUUUGUUAUGCAGUCUGUAGUGUAUUAUAGUUGAAAAAAGAAGCAAAUGGAGUACUGUGUUGAAGAAGCAUCAAAAACCAGUUCUACAGGUGUUAAAUUAAACCACUUUACACCGUCGUUUUCCGAUGAUUUCUGGGCCGUGAAUGGUGUCUCCGGCGACGAUUUCUUCGUAGACGGUUUACUGGAUUUCUCCUCAGACGGCAGUUUUCUCGAAGAAGACGAUAAUUCCCAAGUUCUGAAACACACAGAUGAUUCCAAAAACGACAAAAUCUCCUCUCUUUCUCCGGUGAAAAUAGUGAACAACGAGGACAAAGCCACCACCAUCGUCUCCGACACGGAACUUUGCUUUCCGGCAGAUGAUGUGGCUGACCUUGAAUGGGUGUCACAAUUCGUCGAAGACUCAUUUUCCGGCGGAGACUACUUCUUAACAUGCUCGGAGAGGAAACCGGAGACAGAAACUGUAAAUCUUGUCGCUGUAAACCCUUCAUUUAGGAAUUUGGUUCAGAAAAAAGCGAGAAGCAAGCGGAGUCGUACCGGCGGCCGUGUUUGGUCACUCCGGUUGUCGUCGUCGUUGACGGAUUCCUCAAAUUCAUGUUCCUCCUCUUCGUCCUGUACUUCAAACGCUCUGUUACCCACGCAGGAAAUUUUAGGGAGACCGCCGACGGUUAAGAGGCAGAAGAAGAAAAAGCCGGUGGCGACUGCUGACACGGCGGGGUUCGGCUGGCCGCAGCAGCCUCGGCGUUGCAGUCAUUGCCUCGUUCAGAAAACUCCACAGUGGCGAGCCGGUCCACUAGGCGCCAAAACUUUGUGUAAUGCAUGCGGAGUCCGGUUCAAGUCGGGUCGGCUUUUUCCAGAGUAUCGACCGGCGGGUAGCCCGAAUUUUUCCAGUGAAGUUCACUCUAAUAACCACCGGAAAGUUCUGGAAAUGCGGCAGAAGAAGGAGGCAGAGGAAGGAGGUCCACCUCCUCCGGUUGCCGGUUCGGGAAGAAGCAUCUGA